AUGGCUGCUGUCUUGAUGCAUGGUCAAUGUCUCAGCCUGGGCCUGAACGUGGCCGCUCUUGUCAAUGCCUUUUCGACAUUGACCGACACUAGCUCAACGCUUUUGUUGGGGACCGCCGGCACGUGUCAAGAACAGGUCAGAAAUGAGAAAGAAUGCUUGGACGAAGUGGUGGAGACGCGAACAUGGCACCUGUAUACCAGCCGCAAGUAUACGUUUAGCAAGAAGCAGCGGUUUCGGAGUCAGCAGCUGGCGCCGGGAGCUGACGGCAUCGCCGUUUCCAAAACACAUUUUUCGUCGGGCCGAGAGCGUUACGCCUUUGAUUGCACGGAGGUGGCUUGCGAGGUCAAGGGCUUCCGUCUUGUCGCCAAGAAGAGUCGAGCUGAGAAAAAGUUGAGGUUCCAUGAACGAAUCGCCAAAACGCAAUCGGCUGCUCAAGCGAUGGCCGACUGCUUCAACAAACGUUUGCAAUCUUGUUUUGACAGUCCGCAGCCCGCAUUGCUCCUCCAUUUUGUGCCUUGUGCAAUUUACGAGGUUGAUGAGGUCAGCCGAUCAGGUGGCAGAGCCUGGUUCUUGGUCGAGCCGCUCCUCGAGGGCAGGUUCUGCAAGUGGAACAACAACGCUGGUGGUGUACGGAAGAACAUUGGCGUAACAGUGCGUAUCGGUACUAGCGAGCUGUGUAUCGACGACGUCACUCAGGCCUUCAGCCACUUUUCAUACGAGAGAUCCAACCAUUCAGCGCUGAUCUGCGACAUGCAGGGCAUUUGGAAUGCCGUUGAUGGGUUUUCGUUGACUGACCCAGUCAUUCAUCAUGUUGGAUGUAAUCGCAAACACAGGGCUGACACUGACUUUGGAGGUGCGGGCAUCGACAGUUUCUUAGCGACCCACAAGUGCUCCACGUUGUGCCAAAUGCUCAAGUUGCCUUUCAUAGAGCCACGGCUCAGCAAGCACAAGCAGCAUACGUUCGAAUCGGUACUGCGGAGGCAUCAGGCCUAUUAA